UAAAAUUCUUACUCUAGCGAUAGUUUAAACAGCUAGAAAACAUAACUUAAUUAAAGAGUGAACCAUGAAAUCAUAGUAAAUGAUUUAGGAUCAUUAAUCAUAAGAGAAUUAAUAGUAUAACUAAAGUUUUUAAUUUGUUGUAAUAUUAUGACGUAUAAAUAAUAGAAAUUAAGGCAUAAAAAAUGAGUAAUAAUUCAGAACAAUCGCCUCCAGACAGAUUCCAGAUUGAAAUAGAGACAAAACCAGUCAAUAAAAAUAGCAAUACUUAUUUAUGUACACUGUGCAUGAACAACAAGUUUAAGAUCAUAUGUUCGAGAUGUCUCAGCUUAGGUCUAUUUUCUUACAAAAACUCAGAAGAGAGGUUUGUGGACAAACAGCAGAAAUUGAAGAACUUAAAGAAUGCACAGCUCUUAUUGAACAAUCAAUUUACGAAGCAAUUUCACAUGCUAAAGAAGCUCGAAAAUUUGCGCAAUGGCAUUUUAAAAAGUCGUAAACAAAAUGUUCUCUUAGUUAAUUUAAUUAAGGAAAAGAAGGAGAGUAUUCAAAAAAUGCAGGAAGUGAAAAAAGAGAAUCACGAAAAAAAUAGAUCAAUGAGAAUAAUUCUUCCAAAAUAUGAGGAUAAGGUCAAUAAAUUGGGCGAUUAUGUGAUGAUUGCAGUCGAGAAGAAUGACAUUUUAAGGAAAAAGAGUCAGGAACAAAUGGAGCAAUUAAAGAAUCUACGUCGUAUUAAUGUAGAGAAAUUAAUUGAGUAUAUAUUCCCAAUCUCAGUUAAAGUCAGCAAAAAUUCAUUUCAGCAUGAGAUUGACAAAGAUGCAAAUGCGAUUCUUCCAACAAAUGAUGAGAGUCUCGGAAGUGACUAUUUCACCAAAGAGUAUGUUAUAGCCAAUGGACCAAGUCUACCAUCAAAUGGAAAUUACUUUUAUGAAUACUGUCGAUGGCUGACACAUAAUAAGAAUAAUGCUACAAAUAAUGCAGCACAAUCGGAUGAAGGCAUGGAACGAUUAACUCAUAAAGCUUAUAGUAUUGUAGCUGCUUUGACUUUUAUUGCUCAGUUGAUUGUUUCACUUAGCUUUUAUUUAGACGUUAAACUACCGUAUAAAAUUACAUCCAAUGACUUUAUAAAAGUGAUCUUAAAUGAACAACAAUUUAGGAAGAAAAUUUCAAAAUUAAAUUACAAUGUUGCUUACUUUGGAUAUAUGCAGAAUGUUCCAAAAACAAAUAUUCACUCAUCAUAUAUCAUGGAAAAUAUUCAAAACAUCCUGCACAUCAUUGGUGAUCGUAAAGAGAGCUUAGAAGAGAUUUCUAGUGGUGCUGACUCAAUUUCUCUAUCAUUUACUGGAUUCACUGAUCUCAAUGACGACAAUGCGACAAGUGAUUUUGACAGCGAAGAUGACGACACCCAAAAAGAUUGGGAAAUUGCAAAUAUUCCAUCGAAUAUUGAAGUUUUACAUGCGACAAUGCCACAGCCACAAGAAACGGCAAUGUCAUCGACAAUUAUGAAUAACAUUUCAAAUGUUGCUCAUUCGCUGUUUUGGAAUCGAUGGAACAAAUAAUAAUAAAAUGAAAUAUUAUUGAGUAAUAAAAAAAAGAGCUAAACU